AUGUUGAGGCUGGCCAGCUCGAUCAAAUACCUUGUCAGCCACGACUAUGACUACAAGAAAAGGGGCAAAGUUAUGCUUAAAGAUUUAUCCCUCGCACAAUCCGGCAAUGCCAUCAUUGGCUGUCGCAUCCUCGGCUUGGUCGGGUCUCGCACUACGUGCAUAGCGUUCGUUCCAGAUUUCUGGAGUUACUGUCCAAGCAAAAGCAGGAUCCACGACGGCAAAUGUCCUCGGCCCAGCCGCAAGGAAAAACUCAAUGCACAUAGUCCGCUCUCUGCGAUGCCAGCCAACCCGGAAAAGGGGCAAAUCGCCAUCACGAACAGCGAAGCUCCAAGGAGGGCAAGUGUACCAUCAAGAUGGCUUUUCAGCAUCCAUAAGUGUCAUCUCAAGAGGCUUAGGUCAGUUAUGACAGCGGGCAAGGGAACCUCUGUUGUGAAUAAGUAA